AUGGACAAGAAGAGGACACCCUUCUUAUGGUGGACGUUGUGCGCCCUUGCUUUUUGCUCAUCAUUUGGCUGUCAUCUGGCUUUUGAUGAGCAAACAGGCGAGACGGGCCAUGCCUUCUUGGCGCGGUGUGCUCCUGCUGCACACUCCGCUGCGGAGGCCGUGGGAACAGGUGGAGAACUUCCUCUGGGCGUGCCGGAGUUGCAGGGUUGCCUGGAGACAUCGGGUCAGCUGCAGGAUGCGGCUCUGAGGGAGAGCCGCUGCAGCUUGUGUCCAGAGGGCUGCGUCGUGGUCCUCUUGCUGGAGGCCUUGGCAUUCCCAGUGCAGCAUGUCGAUGUGCGCCUCUGCUCUUCCUCGUUGAUGUUCUACUUCCGUGCGAAUGCGUACUUCAAGGAUUUUGAGCCGCACUGGACACUGGACUUGCGGGACAACCUCGCCCCGCUGGUGAAUGUGAGACGGGGUCAGUGCGCAGCUGCGCGCGAGCGUGAGCUGCAGGGUCGAAGCCUACCUCAGUCACUUCCUCUGCCGGAACUGACAUCGCGUCGUGGCCACGGCAGCUUGCCCCGUGAAGAGCAGGCAGCUGUGCUCAUCGCAGCGACACCGGCAAUGCUGAAGAAGUACCAGCCCUUUAUCAACCUCUGGAGAUGCUAUGCGCUUCGCCAUGGGCAUGCUUUUCUUCUCGAGACAGACGAAGGCGAAGCGCCGGCCCCGAACUGGCUGCGCUGGUACGCCGCCAGGCGGUAUUUGCCGCUCUACGCAGCACUUCUGCUCGUGGACCCUGACCAGAUCAUCGUGGCGCCUUGCUGGGACUUGUCAAUCAUCGAGCUGGCGGGCACCUGGCCAGAGUACGCACGUCGGCCGCUUCCUGAUGUUGGUUUGCGCGACUUUGGGCGUCCGCAGACCCUGAACAACGGAGUGGCGCUUCUGCGGAACUCUGUGCGCGGCCGCUUCUUCCUUGAGCUGCUUCUCGAGAAGGCGCGGUGGUUUCAGACCAUCGAGCGCGACCAGGGUCCGUUUGAUGAGACAGUUCUGGAAGUGCUGGGGAUGGAGGCCCAACUGCAGCGUGGCGAGCCUCGCCUGGGCUUAGGUGCUGCAUGUGCUGCUGUUCACAGGAGAAGUGGUUUCUUGGGGCUUCUACUGGUAGUCUUAACUUCUGGCCGUAUGGGUAUUUCCCAAAAUCGGGGUACCCCGUUUAUACCCCAAACAGAAUAG